AUGUCCGGCGACGGCGACGACGACGCGCGCGCGUUAUCGCGCGAGGAUCUCGUGUACAAGGCGAAGCUCGCGGAGCAGGCGGAGCGGUAUGAAGAGAUGAUGGAUUGCAUGAGCGAGGUGACGCUCAAGUCGGGCGAAGAAGAGCUGAGCGUGGAGGAGCGCAACUUGCUGAGCGUGGCGUUCAAGAACGUCAUCGGCGCGCGUCGCGCGUCGUGGCGCAUCGUGAGCUCGAUCGAGACCAAGGAGGAGGCGAAGCACGGUAAGGAUAGCGAUAAGUGCAAGUUGAUCGCUUCUUAUAAGGCGAACGUCGAGAAGGAGCUCACGUCCAUCUGCACGAGAAUUCUGGAUCUGCUCAAGAACCACCUGGAGGACCGGUGUUCGGCGGGCGAGUCCAAGGUGUUUUACAAGAAGAUGAAGGGCGACUACUGGCGCUACUUGGCCGAGUUCAAGGGAGGGGCGGAACGCAAGGAAGCGGCCGAGGAGACUCUCUUGGCGUACAAGAGCGCCGAGCAAACCGCCGAGGCGGAGCUGCAGUCUACGCACCCGAUUCGACUCGGCUUGGCGCUCAACUUCUCCGUCUUCUACUACGAGAUCCUGAACGCGCCGGAACGCGCGUGCCAAAUGGCGAAGAAAGCGUUCGAUGAAGCGAUCAGUGAACUCGACACUCUCGGCGAGGAGUCUUACAAGGACAGCACCCUCAUCAUGCAGCUCUUACGCGACAACUUGACUCUGUGGACCAGCGACAUGAACGACUCGCAAGCUACCGGGGGCGCCGAGGAGGAAGAUGAUGAAUGA